UUUUCAUCUGCCCCCUCCACCUGGCAGCCCGGUGCACACGCGGCACCGGCAGCAACAACUCGGGGAAAGAAAGAAAAGAAAAGAAAAGAAAAGGAACAAGUGGGGUUGUUCUGCCAGCGCUGUCCGAGGGGCUGCCUGCGUCCUCCCGGGCCAGCGAGGAGGCGCAGCUCCCUCUUCCCGUUCACCUUGCGCUGUGAGCAGGCUCAGGAGCGCUAGGACCGCGGCGCCGCCUCGCAGGCGGGCAGGCAGGACGGACGGACGGACGCCUCUUGAUUCAUUCACUCCGCUCCGCGCACACGCGCACGCACACCACUGCGACCGGGGCAGCCGCGCUCGGAGCCCAUGGGGAAGCGGGGCCGGCCGAGGAAGGAGCUGCGGGGCGAGGAGGAGGAGGAGGGCGGCUCGGGGCCGGCGGCCGAGGGCUGGCUGCCCCGCUGCCCGCUCGGGGACAUCUGCAACACCCGGGAGGCGUCUCGCGAGCAGCUCGGCACUUUCCUGCACAACGUGCAGCUGCUGCUGGAGGCCGCCAGCUACCUGGAGCAGAUCGAGAAGGAGAAUAAAAAGUGUGAGCACGGCUACGCCUCCGCCUUCCCCGCGCUCCCCAGCCCCGAGGCCAAGCCGGCGCGCAGGCUGAGCCGGGCCAGGAAGCACAGCAGCGGGGGCAGCACCGCCGGCACGGCCAGCAGGUCUACGCACAAUGAACUAGAAAAGAACCGGCGAGCUCACCUCCGCCUGUGUUUAGAGCGCUUAAAAGUUCUGAUACCACUAGGACCAGACUGCACCCGGCACACGACGCUUGGGCUGCUGAACAAAGCCAAAGCACAUAUCAAGAAACUUGAAGAGGCCGAAAGGAGAAGCCAACACCAGCUCGAGAACCUGGAACGAGAACAAAGAUUCCUGAAGAGACGACUGGAGCAGCUACAAGGGUCUCCGGAGACAGAGCGAAUACGAAUGGACAGCGUCGGCUCAACCAUUUCCUCAGAUCGCUCGGAUUCGGAGCGAGAAGAGAUUGAAGUGGACGUCGAAAGCACAGAGUUCUCCCAUGGAGAAGUGGACAAUAUCAGCACAACCAGCAUCAGUGACAUUGAUGAUCACAGCAGCUUGCAGAGCAUGGGCAGUGACGAGGGUUACUCCAGCUCCAGUGUCAAACUGUCGUUCACUUCCUAAAACGAAAACAGGACUCCAGUCUAGUGCAGAUCACUUCCCUGGGGCAAUCUGAAUUCUGACUGGGUCCUCCUAGCCGGCAGUAUCCUCUUUCAGAAAUGGCACGUCAACAGUGAGAUCUGUAAACACUGUCCCUUGGGUGAUGGACGCCUCCGUAGGAACCCUUCUACACUCAUUUGGUUGUGUUGCAAAAUCUCAAUUUCCACUGGUAAGGGGUUGGGCUGAAUCCUGGUCCUUCAGAAGUCGGGGACAGAAUGCCCGUUCAUUUCAGCAGGGCUGGGAUUUGGACUUUAAUGAUGAGUGACCUUGCUUUGACUUUAUUUAUUUGAAAGAGGAUACUGGCAGUUCAGCCCCUUCUCUCCCUCUCUCUCCCCUCCCCACCCUUUCCUCCCCUCCUCCCCCUCCUUUCUGUCAUGAGAUCUAGGAACGACCCAAUUUUCCUCUGAUGUAUUCAGAUUGAGCACCUUGGUUAAGACCCUUCUAAAACGUUUGUGGGCCCAAAAGGACGCUCUCCUUGUAGCCGAUCCCAAUCAAGCAUUUUUAGAUCGCAGCAGGAAGUCGCAGCAUCUCUGCUUCUGAAGGCUGAUCAUGUAGCUUGUGAAUAAUAAUGAGGAACCCAAUUCAUGCCCAGAGAGAGGGAGGCAGCAGUGAAGUACGUUCACAAGAGAUCACCGUUCAGCCCAGCUUUUUAUUGGACGCCGUUUAAAGCAAGUACCUCUACCGCAUUGCUAGCACUAAGGUACUACAGCUAAUCUACCAGCACACAGUGGGCUGCUUUGUGGAGUCAGGCUGUGACCCUACCAGCAGUAUUCCCCUGUAGACACACGUACACACACACACACACGCACACGUACACAAUCGAGGACAGAAAGAUAUCAGCACAUAAAAGACAUGAUUGUGCCGGAAAGUCAUGUCCAGAUACUGAGCCACUAUGACCUUUUUAUUUAAAGAUUUUUUGAUAAACAUUUGUAAAUGUGUUGGGUGAAGAAGAAAAACACGCACCAAAUGUGACAUGUCUUUUUAGAGCUUGUCCAUUUGAAACCUUUGGUGUCUUUCUUUUUGUAAUGAAUGAACACGACUGGAGAAAGUAGCUGUGUGGUGAAGCACUUGACCCCGGGAAGCCUGAAGAUGCUGUUUGCCAUCCAUGAGACGAACCCUGUCUGUGCUAGCUGGGAAAGGUUGGGUUGGCUGGUUUGGUUUAGUUUGGAUUCCUUCUUUAGAGUCAUUCCCCUUUCGCAGACCCGAUUCUUUACAGUAGUUCCAGUCCAGUAGUUAACAUAGUCGAGCACAGCACUUCUGUUAACGUAACGUUUUACCUACACAGUCCCCUCACAAGGGCAGCCUCCAUCCUAGCUGUGCAGGUGCUGUUGCUGUUAAGAGCUAAUGUAUUGAAUCUUUUAUACUUUUCUUUAAGACGAGAUUUCUAACCUGCACUUUGAGGGCUUUGCUUGCUUUUUUUUUGUGUGUCUUUUUAAUGGCUUCAUUUUGUUUUCCAAGUUAAAAAAAAACCUUCCCCUAUAGACCUCACCUCAUUGUUUGAAACUUUGUAUACCUUUAAGUAAUUUAACUUUCCUUCAUUACUAAGAAAAAAAAAAAGAAAGAAAAGAGGAAAAAAAAUGCUUUAUAAGAUUCAUAACUUAUUGCUGACUUGAAUGGGUUGUUAAUUUCAGUCCUGUAGAUUUUAUUUUAUUGUUUUUAGGUAGGGACGGGCAAAACAGUAAAAUAAAAAAAAAUAAAGACAACAUUAUUUAGCGGUGCAGUGGAAUUGUGUUUAAAUGUUAGCCUAUGUCCCCCCACUAAAGUAGCACUUUAAUGCCAUUAAACAUUUCUGUAUCUGAAAUGCAUUGUGUUCCUCCAUCUUGGUCACUUGUGUGGUUUUUAGCAUACUUCCUUGUCUUUUUAUCUUGUGCUUGGAAACAAAGUUUGUUGCCCUUUUUGAUCUUGUGAGAAGAUCCGGAAUGAGUCUGAUGUAGAUUUUGUCCUAAGUUCUGGUGUGCUGCAUGUAUUUACGCCUUCCUAUGUUACCGAUUCCCGCCCCCUCUCCCCCAAGAUGCAGUGUCAUACUACGCGAGGCACAAGACCCGUCUUAAUAGAGUAGCAGAAUAAUCUUUACCUGGCUUUGAACUAUUUCUGGGUUUUUACGUCUUUUGGCUAUUAAAAUCUGGGUCAGACUGGUGCUCUAAAAUAUGCUUACACCUGUGCAUGUGUAAUACAGUGGCUUUAAUGCAUGUGAACAUGUUUUCCUCUAGUGGGUGACCCAGCAGGAACAGGAAGAUGCCAGUUGCUGGUAUCAUAGUGAUUCCUUAGCUUAGCUGAUAAAGAUUUGGGCUUUGCACUAACCACCACUGCUAGCAAUGGUAGAGCCAUUAAGUAAUGCGGCUGCAGUGUUUCACCCACGUUUAACCUGUACACAUCUGAUUUUAGUUAGACUAUAAAGGUGCAAAUCUACCCUGCCUUACACAUGCUUGCCAGUGUAGGUCAGGAGUAAGAAAGAAGAUACUGAGUAAUGGUGGAAGGAUCCCAUACGGGCCAAGGAUUGGCUUAGCCCCGGUGAGUGCCGGUUUGGCUCUGUUAGGAUUGUCGACAGCAGGAAUGGCUUUGACACUGUUCAUCUGGGUGCUGUUUGCUGCUGCUUUGUGACCCUUUCCCACUGCAACAAGAAAUCAUGAGAUGACUUUAUCUGCCACAAGGCCUGGUUCUUCAGGCACUCACAGCUCCAGCUGAAGUCACUGGGCAUGUCUACGUGUACAUUUAGGCGCACCUAAAUUUAAUGCACAUUAGCUUUAAUGUGCAUUAAGGGGAUUUUAGGCACGCGUUAAAGCACAUUGGCACUGUGUGCAUGGACUGAUGUGGGAGUGAAGUUAGUCCCAUGUCAGUCCAUACACGGCAUUAAUGUGCCUGAACGCAUCUACACGUGUGUUAAUGAGCUUUAGCUAUUUGCACCUAGAUCUGAUACCUGCUUUACAGGUAUCAAAUUUGGGUGUGAAUAGCCGUAAAUCACCAUUUUUAAGGCACAUUAAAGGUGCAUGUGUGUAGACGCACACCCUUAAUAUGUCUUAAACUGGCAUGUGUAGAUGCACCGACUGGGAUCUCUUGGGGUUCAGCUCCCUCAAAAACCAUUCCCACGGGUCACCCAAGCUAACGUGAUCUGUCUGGCUCAGGCAGCCUCGUCCUCUUUGAUUCCUUCUUUUUGGCUUACUUUGUGAACAGAAACAUACGUGUGAUGACAAAAAGUUUGCCUGGAGGGAAAAAAAAAUCAAUUGGGGAAAAUAAAAGCUAGAGACGGGCGGGGGUGGAAAUGCCAGCUCAUUAAGGAAGAAAAUCAGCAUUUUCUCUCCUGGCUAACAUGGCUACAUGUCGGUGUCUUUUGAAGGGAAAAUGGUUCAAGAUGCCAGGACAGCAGCCCACGUUAUGAGCCUUUGUGGUCAGUGUGUUGUCAUUAGCUGUCACCUUUCAAACUGCAGCCAAGAGGUUUGAAACAUCUGGGGAUUCAAAUACUCUACUAUGUAAAGUUUUAAGGGAGGAAAUGUUGGACCACUUCCUAGUUCCCAGCUGUCCCAGGUCUAUCCCAAGGGACUCAGUCAGCAAAGCAGCAAGCAUUAGCAUUCAGGUAGGAAUGGCCUUUAACGGCCAACAGGCUUCUCCCACAAGCCUUUGUAUCAGUAGUUAAAGACCAACGGUUGGUUGCUGAUUGGCGUCUGGGUCGGUACUAGGAGCUCCCUGGUUCCUCUCGCCUCUGGGCACAAGUGGAAGAUUCUCUGGUGAGAGACAUUCCCACACCUGAAACGAGCUGCCGGCAGGAUAAGUCAAGCCCACGCUGCUGGGCUUCCUGCCGUGGCAGUGGUUGGCAUUGCUAUAUUUACUGAUAUAAUCACCAUGUUGCUAGCCCUGGUCUGUCUAGCAAAAUAACCUAGCAUUUGUCUGAUGACAUUCAUCUAGAGCUGACACCCUUGUGGCCUGGCUAUUGAAACAGAGUUCAGUAAGUCAACACAAAUUGGCAUCAAGGCCAUUUCUGGGGUGUAGGCAUGUCUUGAUGGUUUCCCCCCUCGCUCUCUUCCCCAGUUUCCCUUCACUUUGGGAAUGAGAGCUGCAGCAGCACAGGGAGCAGGUUCCUGCUGUCCCAAAAAGAGAGAGGCCAGAGGAUGUUCCAGAUGGGGAGAUGCAAGAACCUUGUGCUGGAGGAUCUGUAGCUUUGACGUGUCUGCGAACCUAGAUGAGCGGUUCCCAAACUGACAGAUUGCGCACCGCCCAUUUAAAAUAAGUACCACCAGCAAAUUUUUGUGAUAUAAAGUAAUUAUAAUAAACCUGUUGACACGUACCAGACGGGUGGUCUGCAUACCACUGGUGGUACCCGUACCACAGGUUGGGAACCGCUGACCUAGGUGGUUCGUUCCAGGUUGAAAACAGAAAACCCACCCUUCAGCGAAGCCCUGAUAAUUUUGUCUGAACUGUGAGCCUUCACCUCCAAGUACUUCCCAGGCAUGGAGACUAACCCAUUCACCCAGGAGUUACAGAGCUAAAAUUGUGAGGAGGGCAAGCUCCGUAGUUUGGGGCUUGGGUAAUUCUGGAGCGUGCUACUCUUAGAAAUGGUCUGCAUCAAUGAUGUUCACUCCACAAGUAUCCAGGAGGCUCUGGCACCUUGUCAAGCAUAAUCUUAAUUUACAGAAGGUCCUUUCCUCGCUGGAGCUUCUGCUAAGGUGACCAUGGAUGCAUGUUGUGGUAGAGUCGGAAGGUGGUUGUAGGUGCAAUGGUCCAGGGAGUGUCCAAGAGGCAAGGAUUUUUUGUGAUCGUCUUUUAUUGGACUGUACAAUCAUGCUUGAAAGCUUGUCCAACAGCUCUCCCAACCAAUACAGUUGGUCCAGUACAAGGUAGCACCAAAAUCCUUGCCUCAUUGAUACAGGUUUACAUCAGAGAUGCAAUUAUAGAUUAAGAAGGGCUUUGGCCAGGAAGAUGCAUGAAGUAAUCUGGAAAUUCAGGAAUUUGAAUUACUUCGAGACGAGCAGCAAAGCCCAAUGGACUUACUAAGUUUUAGAUGAACUCUCUCUACACUGAGUAGGCUGAGGCAAACAAAGCUACAGUCGCCCCUUGAAGAAUGACUGACUUCAAAACCUCCUGUACUUUCCAUGCACUAUUAAGCUUACAUCUGGAUGUGGAUAUGUCGUUGAUUCGCACGUGGCUGCACAACCGUUGCCUUGAGGAAGGUGGUGACCAGGAAGUCUUCGUGUAGAUUGGGAGCUGUGCAGUUGGCUGGUUCUUGGGAAGUCAGAUACAAGUUGGUAGGUCACAUCCAAAGAAGUGCCCUCCUUUCUGCCCAAAUGGAGCCCAGUGAAAGGGCAGCUGUGAACUGAAGACGUACCUUAUCUACAGGCCUUCUGAUAUGAUACUAAUAACAUAGUCCUCUGUUGACCCCGUAAAAGAUUGCAUGUUUCUCUCUUCUAAGGCCUCACAAAUUAAGCAACUCUCAUUACCUUAGGUGGAAGUGAUCAAUUCUUUCUUAGCCAAUCUCCUUUUAUUCCUAGCCCAACUAGCUGCAAGUUCAGCUUUCGGCCUACCAGCAUAAGACAGACGUCUGGUCUGCAUUGUAUAGAUGAGCUUGGCUUAACCCAGAUAUUCUUAUCACAUGGUAUGCACUUUUUGGCUCUUCCAAAAUGGAUGAGACUUGAUCUUUGUUCAAAUUUGUUUCCUAAAUAAGGUAAUUUGGGGGUUUAUUAUCAAGUUUGUAGCGCCCAGCCUCCAAAGCAAGCACGAAAUCCGUCCUCCGUUUACAAGAAUGAGGUGGUUUUUCUUGCAAAAUGCACGGUAUUUCUUCUUAAUCGCCCUGCCCGUGUGGUCCACACACAUGUAUUGCUUCCCCAUAAGCUCAUCGUGGCAAGCUUUUCCUCCAUAAAUUAGGUCUUUAAUGGGUCCUUUUGCUACAGAGAAACCCAUUAGAAAGACCAUCCAGCGUUUUCUUGCUUUUGACAUCAGUGUAUUAUAGCAUGUCAUCUUGUGUCUGCAAAUGAGGUGGAGACGGCUGUCUGGCUGCGUUUGUCAUGGUUAUCCUUUGGCGAGCUGUCACUUGAAGGUCAUUGGGAAGUCCGUUCCAUUAGCGGCGUGUCACUGACAGACAAUGGCCUUGAAUUGUUUUUCCUUGUGGGAUCCAUAGGUCAGUUUAAAAAAAAGAUUGGGGGAGGGUAUCUAUAUUUUUUGUAACCAGAUUUUUCAUAGGCCCUCGCAUGUAGAAUCCAGCUCUCUUCUCCUUUGCCAUGCUCUGCUUCCAAGCUCCCACUCCCUGCUGAUGUCUGCUCUGUCUUUUGUCCUCAGUUGCUCUCAUUGGAGGUUGAGCUGCAAUUUGUUUCGCCUUGCCCCACCUGGGAUGAAAUCCUGGCCGCACGGAAAGCAAUGGCUGAGAUCAGGAUCUUACCCAGGGGUUGGGAUGGAAAGGUGCUCACAAUGACCAUAAAGAUUUGCUGUAGCGCUGACCUACUCCCCUUGCCUCUUGGAAAAAUAGGAAAAAUGAACAAGAUAUUUCUGUUGAUGGACUCCUGGUCUGCCCUUUUGCUGUUUCCAGUUGGGAGUUUCUGUUAUUAAGUCAGUGAGGUCUUCCUUUUGCUGUCAAGUGUAGAUGGUGGAGACCAGUUAAAAAGACUCCUUAUUAAUUUAAUUGGGACCAUACAAUGUCAGUGGAAUAGUUCAUGAAUUAUAGUAUCCUAUCACAUAUGCAGUCUCUUGUUCCAUACCAUAUGACCAUGGUGGUUUAUAACGAGAUCACAGUCAUGUCACUGACGCAUUUGGCCUUGGUUGGAUCGCUUUUGUUUCUGCUUCCUGUAAAAUAUAGCUAGCUCUAGUCACCGCAGCUAUGUUGUGAGGACCACUUUAAUGUUUCUGAAGUGCUUUGACCAUAUGAAACACUCCAGGAAGGCUAAAUGUUGCAUUAGGCUGCCCAGCUAGUCGAGGCUGUUGAUUUGAGCACAUUUCUAGGAACUUUAAAGUCCCUAUCAAGAAAUCUGGCAGAUGCUAUGGCUUCACAAAGUGUAUUCGGAUGCGUUGGGAAAGCCCAGUGGCUCCUGGUUUAAAAAAACAAAAAACCAGCAUGAAACCUGAGUAAUUAGAGCUGUCGAACCAGGAGUUCAAACUCUAGCUCUGAUUUCUGGAUGUGCUUAGGGCUUGGAGGUUUCAGCGUGGUGGUAUAUGGUGGAGUCUCUCAUUUUCUUGACCUAAAUCCUGAGUUUGAAGUACCAACAUUUUUGGGGGUGGUAUCUUUUAUUGGACCAAAUGCAAGGCUGCAAGAGGCUUAACGGAUGCUUCUCAGCGCAUCUGUGCUUGCAACCGAGCAAGCAAGGCCCCAGGUGUGUCUCCUGAGCAAAGUACUUGCAGAAAUAAGUUAAGAGCAAUCCGAUUUCACAUUUGCCUUUGCUCUGCAUCUGAUGACUCUGCUUGCCAUGAAAAGAAAUAUUAGUGAGACCAGAACCAUACUUUUAUAAGCCAAGGGACCAAAUUCACCCCUCUGUAACAUGCUGUUGAAGUAAUCGGCAACACAGCAGAGCUGAGUUAGCUGUGAUCUUCUAGGGGAACAGGGGUGGACCAUCCUAUUAAUGGAAGCAGAUCAUUGCAGUCAUGGUUUUGGGCUCCACACAAUUGCAAUAGGCAAUGAAGUGCUACUAGUGGUAUAUGCUACUGGUUUUCUAGCAAGCAACUGCUAGUCUUGCUAUGGUCAUUUUUAGCAACUGAUUUCCGUGUGCUCCUCUUUCCAAACCACGUGUAACAUUUUGAAGUUUCCUUCCUUUGCUGAACGUUUCCAGACUUGAUCCCUUCCUCUAAGUGGUUCAGUGGGCAGAUUUUCUUUGGGGUUUUCUUGUUUUUAAUGAGAAUAAGGAGGGAAACCUCCUUCUGCUCUUCUGGAGCAAUGUGGGAAGCAAAAAUACUACAGUAGUUGCCUUGUAAAAACAAAAAUUCAAAAAGUGGCUUUUUAAACGGGCCUAAAGCAAUGAGUUUGAAAAUUGGCAUAAACCGAUUUCACUAAGGAAUAGCAUCACCUUUGAGUCUGGGGAAGGAGGAGAGAUUUUUUAGAAUAGCAUCUCUGAAAAAUCAUUUCCUGGCAUGUGCUGUCAGCAUCUGUUUUAUUGGAGCUUUGCAUCUCCUACGAUAAACUGCACAUUGUCCCUGCCGGCCCUCACCAAGUGAUCCCAGUAAGGCAGGUUAAAUACUGGGCUUCAGCAAAUAGCCUCCCCUUUUAUAAUGUGAAAUAGUGUCAAUGAUACGUUCUUUGCCUAUUAAGCAGCGUCUACAUCUUGUCUGCAGGGGUUCUGACAUUUAAGUAUAUUUAAGGUAAGAAACAUUGCUUACUCAGAUAUCCUGUUUACAGCAUGCUAGAUAUCAAUGCAUACAGUUUAGCAUCUUGCUAUGAACUGAUACCAAAAACAUUUAAUUUGUACACUUGAGUCAAAGUAACUUUGAGAGAGCUCAAAAAAAAAAACAAACAAAAAGCAGAUUGUAGCGGUAUGUGAAGAGCAACACCAGCUUGAAGUACUCUCAUCUUUUUAACAUCACUUCUUUUCAAAUAAGUCCCUAUUGUCCCACAUGUAGUUUGUCAGUGACCAAGAUGCACGCAUGUGCAAGUGAAGGGGUUAACAGUAUCUUGCAAAAUCAAAGUGCUUAAUUGACAGGUUGAGGAAUGUUAAUGGGAAAUGAAAAUGUUUGCGCCCUUUUCCAACCAUGUCUCGCAGUAGAAUUUAUUUGUAAAUUGAACCAAGUCCUUCCUCGUCUUUACAAGCCUUUAAGAUGUUGAACAUCCGAACAAAUGUUAAGUGAAGUGACAAUCAAACUGGCAUGGCUGAUGGCAAAAAGGAACAGAUUGCUAUUAGGACCACAUUUGCAAUAGCCAGUAAUAGGUUUCCUUCUGUCACUGAUGCUCUUUGCAUUUCCAGUAUUUGAAGCUUGUAACAAAAAUGCUAAUAAUCCACUGUUUUAUUUUAAAAAACAUACCUGAUAGCAGGAUCCUUCUCUAUAGAAUUUCAAUUCGCUGUUUUUAAAUUGUUCUGAAUAUCAGUGAAGAAGUCAGAGCGGGUGGGGAAUUUUCCAUUGAUUUCAAGGGGAGUAGAAGUGUGGACUCUGAUCAUUCAGACAGCAUUUUUUAACUGUGUACUGAGCGGUUUCUGAUUUGCGACUCAAAUUCGUACCGUUACAAUCUUCCCAGUAGUUUACAACAUGUGUGUGAGAACGUUUCAGACUACUAGACUAUGGGUUUCCUAGAGCAAUUUGCUUUGAGAGAGAGGAAACAUACACUGUACUUACUAUAUGUGUCUGCAUAGUGCUAUUGUACUAUUCUGGAGAUGCAGUUCUGAAAUUAAACAAAUGUGUAUCCUUUGACAGAAGAAAUAUUUUUCUAAGGUGUUUCUAGCUUAGUGUAAGUUUAUUUUUGUGAUCUUUGCUCUGUGUGUAUCACUUUCUUUUCUAAGCUUUCCUGAGCAUCUUUUUUUUGUGCAGUAACUCAACAGGUGCUAUAGCCACUUGCUACUUUGAGAAACUGAACCAGACAAUUUGACUGGUGCUCAGGCUGACGGAAGUCAGCCUUUGAAACACUCGAAUGCUGACCACGCCUCUGUCUGUAACAUGCGGAUGGUGCUGACAAAGAUGUUGCAUUUUUUUCCAUCAUUUAAAUGAUUUCUUUUUGUUGUGGAUAUCUGUAUUAACUUGUUUAAAAUAUACAAAUAAAUUUUAUGAAAUUUUACUUAA